AAGCUAAAUUCUGAAAUGGGUAAGUUAAAGUUGCCUAAUAAAAAGAAAUUUGAGCAGGAAUUGGAAAAAGUGGAUUUAAUAUCUGAAGAAGAGUGGCAAAGGCGGGAACAUCACCAGUUGCAGCGAAUUCAGGAUGUGAAAAUAUGCCUGGGCUUCAUCAGUGAGUCAAUAACGGAUUACAAGCAACUGGUAGAGGAGCAGAGCAAAGCGGAUCAAUGGAAUCGUUAUUUAAGUUGCGACAAGCUGCCCCGGGUGAAAUAUCCACCCGAGAUUCGUAACAUGAUUUCCGAGAUGCGUGACUUGGAGGCCAGGGAUGUGGACUCGGGGGUCAAUUGGCAGCUGUCGGUGGACGAGUGCAGUCUACUCACCCAGGAUAUAUUUCGCAAGGAUCUGACGCGCCAAACGUUGAGGACAACCUUGUGUCCGCAAAUUGGCCAGUUGUACGACAAGCAUAUUCAACAAAUCCUGACUACCUUGGAUCGAAUCGAAGUAAUGCUGAACAGUGAAUACGAGAUGAAAGAUGUGCCACAGCAACGGCACUUGGAUAUUAUAGCAACUCGCCAGGAACUCAUCGAGGAGAUCGAUGUGUAUCUUGAUAAGCUAACUUAUCGCAUCGUAGCUGCGCCCUGUGCUCUCAAAACCUCAUCUGAUGGGAUAAUGGAAAACUAUUGCUACAAGAGCCCCAAUUACAAUCUACAAAUCUGGUGGCUUAGCGAUGUGCCCUUUCGCAUUAAUCACCUGAGUCCACCAGUAAUGCUGGCCGAUUUGGAUUGUGUGGGUGUUCGUGUUCAGAUACCUUUGAGUGUACUGUGCGAUAAUCUGACGCUUCGUUGUGUGCACAGCUUCUUCGAUCAUGUUUCGGAGAGUGCGAAGAGCUUUGGACAACAGAUGGAUAUGUGUCCAAAUGCAUUGAACGGUGGCAUGAUGGACAUUGAGGACUGUUUGAUCAAUGAGUGGCUAAUGCAGGUGGACAUUAUGGAUAAGAUGAUAAAUAAGCUGGAGUUGAAAAUCAUGGAAUAUAAGAAAUUCAUGAGUCAAAUGAGCGUAAAGGUUGCGCCACCGAAAUGGGGUGAGAUCGAUCAAAAAAAGAGAAAAUCAGACAAAAGCAGCAAAUCGAAAAAUGUGAAAAAACCAAAGGAGCCACAAAACCUGCCCGACGGCAUGUUUCCCGAUCCGUAUGACGCUUUCCUGGAGCAGGAGCAACAGGAAUUUGAUGAAUUUCUGGACAAGUUCAUGAAUCCACUCAAUUUGAAACUAGGUCCGCAUGAAGUCAACUUGCGAUAUUUCAAUAUGAUUGGCGGCCUUUACUCGCUUUUCUUUGUGCCUAAGCCCAAACACACCCACUUUCAGAAGUUUAACAUUACCUUACACAAAGAUGGACGAAUACUUCACAGGUCAGAGGAAGUGCUUGCCGAUAUGGGAGAUGUUGGUGAAAAGACCGAUCAUAGAUCACCAUUGACGCGACGCUCUGCCUACGAAGAUGCGAAAAAUUUAAAUUUAAAGUUGCAAGACGACGAACUGCCUUUUUUCUGGAUCACCUUUCAGCUGCCGGAGUAUCUGUGCCGAUUUGGCGAACCACUGGCCUGCCACUUCAUCGAAGAGGAAGUCGAGGAAGUGGAGCCGGAGCAGCUCGAGGUUGAUAUCGAGGAGCAUCGAUCGAAAAAGAAGAAAGUGCGAAAAAGUAGUCGCGGACCAGAGACUGAUGCAAAUAAUGAGAAAACCAAGAGUAUUGAAAAAAACGGCAAGAUAUCAAUUGAUGAGUGUUUCAUGCUGCGCAGACCCACACAGUCAAUAAUAGCGCCAAAGGCUCAUACUCCAAGGAACAUUUACCGUCCUCCAUCGCUGGUUUCACUACAAUAUAGCACCUUAAAGACUUUCCUUCGGACUCGUUCGCAGGACGUGACUUUGCACAACUUCGAUGUGACAGGCCAUCUAACCAGUCAUCAAAUCCAUGAUCUACAGAGGCAUUGCAUACCCCGCAUCCUGUCCUCGUUUAAGUUUCCCAUGGAGUUCAAAAUGGAGAAGUCCGAGGAGAAGAUGGCGAAGAAGAAGUUGCGCGACAAAAGGUGCACUUUAUUUCGUCGGCACCAAGUCGAGUUACCGGAUGAUCAAGAGGAUGACGAACCGGAAUACUUUACCUAUGAGAAGCAGGCUGGACCCGAACGUAUCUAUCCAGUGUACAACUUGUACGAUAAGGUGCAGUUCCAGCAGUCAUCCUCAUCGAGUGAAGUGCCCUCGGAGCCGGAUUUACGUAAGACUAAGGAAAACACAUUGGACAUCGGCAAUCACUCUAGCAAUGUCAGCUUUUACGGUGUCCUGGACACUCUCAAUGCGAUAAAGGAAAAGUACAAAUCGCGCCCAAAAACAAUCCUAAAUCAGCAACAGUUUGCUCCCAAGACUAUUGUGCGCACAUAUUCGAUAGUGGAACCGUUUGAUAGCCCUACUGGUCGCAGCAAGCCUGCAGUUCGCAUAGCGACUAUGAAUAGCAAGUUUUUUCCAUCCAGUAGAACCGGACGCUUACCAUACAUUCGCCCCUUCGAUUUUGAGUCUGAUAACGAGAAUCAUGAGAGCGAAUCGAGCACUCUCUCGAUGCAAGGCGAAAUCAUACAGUUGACAAAGAAGUCCAUUGUAAAGGAGCCGGAAUCGGAACGGAUCCAGAAACCGGAGCGACUCAAGGUUAAACACUGGACCACAAAGUACAUAAAACGUACAGAAUAUGAUCCACAGAGUUUUACGUUCAAGAUUCAAACAGAUCGAUUGGGUAUAUUUGGCUUUGCCUGCAAACGAUACGAACACUUUCCAUUUCGACAUUGGCAACUGCAAUACAAUGAGGAGAACUCCGACGAGAUCAUCUUUACACUGGAUACCCACCACGUGCGAAUAGUUCUGUUUAUAACUAAUGCCGGCAUCCGGGGCUAUGUGACCAAAUUAACCGAUGAAUAUGUAGCCAAGCCUGUAAAGUACGUGGAAAUUGAGCAACCCAUCUCUGACUACCGCGAGUUGCGCAGGCGCUUCUGCGAGAAGAACGUCAAUAUAUUUGCGGAGAACGAUGCUUUGUUUUAUAUUGAGAACGGUUACUUCUCGGUGAAGCAUCUGGCAGCCGAGUUGCAUGUCUACGAUGCAUUUGCCGUCCACUGUAAGCUGGUCAAGUUCUUUCGCAGUGAUUGGAAUCGUUUGUCGACAAGGCGAAAUAUUGUGCUGUGCAUGCGUAAUCCCAAGGAUUUGAAUGAGGGCGCCGUUACCAUAAGGGUCACACCCAACAAUUCAACGUUUGUGGAGGUCUCCGAGCCGUGCUCCGAUAAUCUGGAAACAAUUAAAUUGGCUUACCAGCUCACCUGGCGAAAUAUUGGUACCUACUCGGAUGUGCAUCAGCUGAUCAAUUCAAUGUAUCCCCAGGCAACGGACGUGCGCAAUCGAGAUCCUAAAUUGAUAUACUACAUACGCACCCUGCUCAAAGAGGUUCGUCCGCUAAGUUUCUCGUAGCUAGCAGCUCGAAAUAGUCAGUGUUUUGUUCAACUAAUCAAAAUGCAUUCGCCACUCCAAUUGAAGUCAAUUAAAGCCAAUUGUAAAUAA